GGUGGAAAUUCUACGAUGCAGACGAUUAUCAUUCUCCAGAGAAUAAAAAGAAGAUGGCAGAAGGGAUACCACUAAAUGAUGAGGACAGGAUUCCCUGGCUUUGUGCAUUGCAUGAUAUACUAAGGAGAGAAGACUCAUCUAGAGAAAAUGCAAUUCUGGCCUGUUCUGCACUGAAGAAGAUGUAUAGGCGUGUAUUAGUUAGUGGAGCAUCUGCAAUUGAAAGCAACCAGCCAGAGCAACCAGGAGAAAACGCGGCACUGAAGAUCCUCUUUGUUCAUUUGGAUGGGCCUAUAGACAUCAUUGCUGGCCGCCUGGCGAAGAGGAGAGGACAUUUUAUGCCACCUGAACUUCUCAAGUCUCAGUUUGAUACUCUGGAGCCUCCUAGAGCGCCAGAACGCUUUAUUACUGUCAGUCUAGAAAAAUCUCUCCCUGAAAUAGUGCUGGAGAUUGAGCGUGCCAUUUUUCAGGGUGAGGCUUUUCUGGAGUAAGUUUCUGAAUUACACAUACAGAAAUUCCCGUAAGGAUAUCAGGGGUAUGAAACAGCAUUUUAAUUAUUACAUUGAUUAUUAAAUCAAAACAACU